AUCUGGUUCGUCUCGGAAAUGAUAGACUCGACUGAACUUGCGGCAACGAUUAUCAUCGUAGUGUCUGGCUUGACUGGACUGCUCUUUGCGUGGUAUCAAAGAACUCAGGUUUCUAAGGUGGUUGUAAAGCACAUGCCUAAGGGCGAUGACCCGAAGGAAGGCCUCGUUGAGGCUGAGGGUGGUAGCGCUAGUUACGAUGAGGCUAUUACGGAGCGUCUCGUAACGAUCCAGAAAUACAUUUCUGACGGAGCCCAUGCUUUCCUGAAGGCUGAGUAUGGAAUUCUGCUCUGGUUCAUUAUUGGCUUUGGUCUUUUCAUCUUUGUGCUCCUGGGCUGGUCGAAGUCCUGCGGUACUGCUAUGCCCGUGCUCAAUGGCACGGAAUGCUCUACCGUGAACCCUCAGGAUGGCUGCAAGUGGGAGAUCGCUGAGAAGGAUCUGGGUUACUGCUGGCUUUCCGGUGGUCUCUCUGCUCUGGCUUUCCUGCUCGGUGGUUCGACCUCGAUUCUUUGCGGAUACAUUGGUAUGGUGAUUGCUGUGUACUCGAACGCUCGCACUGCCACCAUGUGCCAGGUGUCCUGGACGGACGGCUUCAACACCGCCUUCCGCGCUGGAAGCGUGAUGGGUUUCUGCCUGACCUCCAUCGGUCUUCUGUUCCUGUACGCUGCGAUCUGGAUCUGGAGCAUCUUCCUGCCUUGGGACUCGACGAACGCGCACGUGUCUGAGGUUCUGUUCGAGUGCAUCACUGGCUACGGUCUGGGCGGUUCUUCGAUCGCUCUGUUCGGUCGUGUGGGCGGAGGCAUCUACACCAAGGCCGCCGAUGUGGGCGCCGAUCUGGUGGGCAAGGUCGAAGUGGGCAUUCCCGAGGAUGAUCCUCGUAACCCCGCUGUGAUUGCCGAUAACGUGGGUGACAACGUGGGUGAUGUGGCCGGAAUGGGCGCCGAUCUGUUCGGAUCCUUCGCGGAAUCGACGUGCGCCGCGCUGGUGGUGGCGUCGACCUCCGACGAGCUGAACAAGAACUGGGGCUUCAUGAUGUUCCCGCUGCUGGUGUCUGCUGGCGGCAUUCUGUCGUCCUUCCUGACCUCCUUCUUCGCCACCUCGGUGCCGGGUCUGAAGGUGACGCAGGAGCGCCACGUGGAGCGCAACCUGUCCAUCCAGCUGUACAUCUCGACGAUCUUCGCGACGGUGGCCGUGGCGCUGAUGGCGCAGUUCUUCCUCCCCGACCGUUUCUGCUCGCGUGUGGUGGAGGAGGCGGUGAACGGCAGCUGGUGCGCGUAUCUGUGCGUGAUCGCGGGUCUGUGGUCGGGUCUGAUCAUCGGUAAGGCCACGGACUUCAUGACCUCCUACAACUACAAGCCCGUGCGCGAGGUGGCCGAGUCCUGCAUGACCGGCGCCGCCACGAACAUCAUCAGCGGUCUGGCGCUGGGCUACAAGUCGGUGGUGAUUCCCAUCUUCGCGCUGGCGGUGACCAUCUUCCUCUCGUUCUUCUUCGCCAACAUGUACGGCGUGGCGCUGGCGGCGCUGGGCAUGCUGUCGACGCUGUCGACCUCGCUGACGAUCGACGCGUACGGCCCCAUCACGGAUAACGCGGGAGGCAUCGCCGAGAUGACCGGACUCUCCGCCUCGGUGCGCGAGAAGACCGACGCGCUGGACGCUGCGGGCAACACGACGGCGGCCAUCGGCAAGGGCUUCGCCAUCGGCUCGGCGGCGCUGGUGUCGCUGGCGCUGUUCGGCGCGUUCGUGACGCGGACGCACAUCGAGGGCGUGGAUAUUUUGAAGCCGAUCACGUUCGCGGGCCUGGUGGUGGGCGCGAUGCUGCCGUACUGGUUCUCCGCGAUGACGAUGAAGUCGGUGGGCAAGGCGGCGCAGAAGAUGGUGAACGAGGUGAAGCAGCAGUUCCGCGAGCACCCCGGCAUCAUGACCAACCAGGAGCUGCCCAACUACGAGCGCUGCGUGGCCAUCUCCACCAACGCGUCGCUGUACGAGAUGAUCAAGCCCGGCGUGCUGGUGAUCUGCACGCCCAUCGUGGUGGGCUAUCUGUUCGGCGUGAAGGCGCUCACCGGCGUUCUGGCGGGCGGUCUGGUGUCCGGCGUGCAGAUGGCCAUCUCGGCGUCCAACACCGGAGGCGCCUGGGACAACGCCAAGAAGUUCAUCGAGAAGGGAGAGUGCGGAGGCAAGGGAUCCGCCGCUCACAAGGCCGGAGUCGUCGGAGACACCGUGGGAGAUCCGCUGAAGGAUACCUCCGGCCCGUCGCUGAACAUUCUCAUGAAGCUGAUGGCCAUCGUGUCCCUCGUCUUCGCGCCCUCGUUCUCCUCGCAUCUCACCGGCCUCCACCAGUGGUUCGAGAGAGACUAA